UUUUCAAUGCGUCCCUUGAGGUGGAGGUCGUCCAGUCAACAGAAUUGAAUUCGACCGAAUUGAGACCUGUUGUUGUCGUUGUUCAUCCUCUAUCCAUGGCUGCGGCAGCAUGCCGCCCCAUCCACUGCACAAUAUUGUGCAGGUGAUCCACGUAGACGAGUCCAAGCUCCUCUUCACGUCGACCAUUGACGAUAGAGGCACAUGGAUCAUACACCUCUUUGCAAAGGGCGACAACGGGUUGAUAUCAUGGACAGCAGCAUCGCCAGAGGUAACGGACAGCGACGCUCUGGCCACUGCUGCCAGAGGUGGAUACCUUCACGUUCGAUCAGAUGAGCCUGUAUUAUCAUCAUCAGCCAACGCGGUCACGUUGGACUUCAUCCUCCCUCACGACUCGACCGUCUCUCAUACUCUCACUGCAGCGCCCGCGUCUGCUGACCUCGUAUUGCUGAACGCUGCGUUCACUCUACUCGAACCUCCAUCGGGAACGACGCAAGCUAGCGAAAUGAGGAGCCUCAGAGCCCAACUCACCCAGAAAGACAACGAGAUCUCCUCUCUGAACGCCAAGCUCAGUAGCGCCAGGGCUUCAGUUGUCAGAUCCACAGCAGUAGACAAGAAAGGGACCUCGCUCAGUCCACAGAAAAAGGUUCCUGCGAAUGCUAGUGCUCUCCAGCCCAAUCAAAAGCGACGCAAAGCUAUUGAGGAAGAGUUUGCCGGCUCAUCGGACGAGGACGAUGAUUGAGUUGGAGAUUGAAGAAUACGGACGGAACACUUGUAGCGUGACCUCAUUAUAUAUACAUUGGCUCGAAUGUAAACGUAUUGUACAAUGUUGCUCUCGCAUCCAAUAUGUCGUGUCUACGAGUAGCGAAUCUCCUCUUCCAACG